AUGGUACAAUUAAACUCAGAAGUUUCUCACAUAAGAUCAAGAAGAGUUGUGUACAGUAAUAAUUGGAAUAAGGAUAAGGAAAAAUCGCAGAGAAGUUUCUACGUGAACAAGUUUGUUGAGUUUUGCAAGAGGACAGAUUUGCACGGAUACAAAUAUAUUGUUAUGGAAGAUUUCAAUUACGGUGAAAGAUGCUGUUGGGCGUUGGCAGUGGUGACCAGCAUAGCAAUAGCUUCUUACUUCGUGGUUACAGCAUACAAUUGGUAUGCAAGGAAUCCUAUUGUAACUGUUAUAGAAAGUACCCAGGGUGCUAUUUGGGACGUGCCAUUCCCGGCUGUUACUAUAUGUGAUCUGAACAUAGUUUCCAAAAAGGCUGCAAGAAAUAUGGCGCGUAAUUUGACGCUCCCUGAGAAUAUUACAGAAGAAUACGUGUUCGAAGCAUUUCGUCUCGUACCACUGCUGUACUCUACUUUUUCAGCAAGUGAAAAAGAAAAGGAACAGUUGAAAAACUUGCAAGCCAUAUUGGACUUCAACAACAUGCCCAUAGAAGUGUUAUUUAAAGAGCUAUCACCAGCUACUUCUUGCGGCAAUCUGGUGCAACAAUGCAUGUGGAAGAACUCAAUCUACAGCUGUGAUGAAAUGUUCAAGCAGAUCUAUACUUUGCUCAGUCUUUGCUGCACGUUCAACUAUUUUGCAGUCGAUAAUAUUGAAAAUAAUCAAAAUGAGUUGAUGAGGUGAACACCACGUCGAGUGGCAUCCUGUGGGUACCAAACCGCACUCACCGUGCUUCUGUACACCAACCCUGAUGACUACUACAGCGCUACGAUAGCAUCACAAGGAGCCUUGGUGAUAAUAGACAAUGCCUACAACAUUCCUGACCUGGACUCUCCAGUUCGCAUGGUGAACCCUUCCACUGAGCUGCUGAUAGCAUUGUCACCUGAGAGGACGUACACCACAUCAGGGAUCAGGACAUUUAAACCUGACCAAAGACAGUGCUACUACAGUGAUGAGAUAAAAAUUGGAAACUUCCGUCAGUACUCGUUCCAUAACUGCAUGGCGUACAAGAAGGUGUCUAUGUUGAAGAAACAUUGCAACUGUAUACCGCUAUCAUUUCCCAAAGAAGAAGCAUACCGUUUCUGCAAUUUCAGUGACAUGGAUUGUUUAGACGAAGUUUUGACAGAAGACAGCAACGUAACAAGAGAAUUAGAGAGUAAAAUCACAUGCUACCCGGAGUGUGAACACUAUGAUUAUCCGUUAGAGGUCGCUUUGGGUAACUUAGCGGACAGUGCGUACGUGAAUGGACUCCUAUUCUUCGAUGACGUUCAACUGAAGAACCGAUCACUAUUGAAUGUUUUCUUCAACGACUUGGUAUCUACCAGAUACCGACGCGAUGUUUAUUUGAAUUGGCAAAAUAUUUUAGCUGCGUUUGGCGGUCUCCUGAGUCUUAUGCUCGGAUUCACUUUAAUAUCCGGCUUCGAUCUUAUACUAUUCUUCACUGUUCGAGUUGCUUAUGAACGUUGUACGACCAUGACCCGCAAGCCACAGAACAACAAAAUAUACGUAAACGACUUUAACAGCAGAAAGAAUUGGAUGGACAAUACGAUUCCCAACCUGGUCAACCCGAAACCUGUGCAAAAUAUAAACAAUACAACCAAAUAUAACCUAAAUGAUUUCUUAGAUCGACGAUAUUAAAGGCUUAUCCACCCUUUUCAUAUUGUUUGCUUACUUGCUGCCAGUUUAUUGUAAAUGCUAUUGUUAUGUAAACUUUAGAUCGAGUUUUGUAUGACUCAUAAUUAAGAAUGCGGGACUUGAUUAUGAACUUUAGAUUACACGUUUGUAUUUUCAUUCUGUCUGUAUCCUUUAUACGAGUUGUGACACAACGAUGCUCUAUUAUUUUAUGUAAUAGUCUGUUAAGUAGUUUUGACUUUAUGGUCUAAAGUUUAGACAGUAGUAUUAAAUAAGUUCUUAUGAGUCUGUACUUGCUGUAGAUGCACACUUUUAAUGGGUCCAUCAAAGAAAUCUAUCCAUUAUGAAUUAAAGUACCUAAUCAAAAAGUUUACCACUUCUUAAACAUAAUGGUGAAUGUGUAAAGAAGAUAGUGGUGGUAAUGGCAUUACCUCCAAUUAGGUCGUUAGACCUAACAAAAAUUUGGUCCUAAUUUGGUCUCCAAAUAUUAUCUUUCAAACUUUUAUAAAUGAAAUAGUGAUGUUAUCGUGUUCGUACACAAACAUCAAAAUACCUGUUUGACGAAGAAAUGUUCUAGCCUCGAUGUCAAUGAGAUUGGUUCAAUGAAAUUAGCGUUCUCUUGAUAUAAGUAAAUUAAGUAAUAAAAUUUCUUUUGAUGUUUUGUUUAAUUAUUUGGUAUUUUACACACUUUAAUAGAUGAUAAGUUUGUAACAAAUGCACUAAGGCUUGUUUCACAUUUCACAGUGUCUAAAACACGUCUCUAGUUUUAGUCCCAACCAAAAUUAUCAGGGGCCUGAAAAUAUGGUUCUUUAACGUAACGUCUGAUAUUAACUCAUCAAUUUUCCUCACCAGUGUAAAUGUAUGUGUGACAUAA